GACGAAUUUAACAUAGAAAUCGAAUAAAUAAUGUCUGAAGAUGGAGAAUAUGAGGCACACGAAGAUAAUACAAAUUACAAAGCCAUCAGUUGUGAAAAAAUCCCCGAACUUUUUCUCGAUAAACUGGUGGCCAAGAAAUAUUUCAGUAAAUUUGGUAAAAUCAGCCGUUUUAUAUUGAAGCCCAAACGUCUCAGCUGCACGGUGGAAUAUGAAACUGAAGAAGAUGCGGAAAAGGCCUACAUGGAAGCCGGUGAAUUUAAUGGCAUUGAAUUUGAGGUCAAUUAUGCCGAAAACAAGCCACCCCAGGUCCAGAGCACUGAAGAAUGGGUAGAUCCUGAUGUUCAGUCUGAGUUAGAUGCCAUGAAUCCUAGCCAUCGUGGAUUUGGCAGCUCGACAGCAAGUGGUAGCAGCAGUGGCUCAGGUGUUGCAAGAUCAAUUUUCAGUUUACCAUCAGCAGCAGGAGCAGCUGCUGGGAAAGUAUCAUCGCUACCCCGCCAAAUAAAACCACCAGCAACAAGUAGCAUAACAUUACCUCUGGCUAAGCCAUUGAAAAUGUCCGCAAAUCGUACGGAUUCUCCACAACCGGAGUUGCCAAAAAUUGACGCCUCAGUUCGUAGUGAACUGGAAGCAAUACUAAGACGACCGGCCUUUACCGAUGAAGACAAAUAUCGUGUGUUGGAUGCUCGCGAUAAACUAAUACGUUUGACAACUGUCCGCCAGACAGAUUAUAAAAAGGCCGUUGCAACGAAGGGUACCUGCCCGGAUAUGUGUCCCGAAAAGGAGCGUCUGAUGAGAGAGUUUCAGAGACAGGUUUCCACAUUCGAAAUGACUGAAGACGAGAGUUCACAAUCAACCAUCUGCCACAAAAAAGCAAUUAAGGAAUAUUCCCGCAGUAGUGCCGAUCAAGAAGUACCCCUCUCGCAUGAAUUACGUUCCGAGUCGGUGCUACAAAUGACCAUGUUAUAUCUGAUGCAUCGUAUAAUGGAUCUCUGUGAUGAUCCACAAACUUCACUCGGUGAUUGGUUUCAUUUUGUAUGGGAUCGUACACGUUCGAUACGUAAAGAUAUAACACAACAAGAACUGUGUUCCCUGGGUGCGGUCCAGUUGGUAGAACAAUGUGCCCGUUUUCAUAUACAUUGUGCUGCCCGCCUGGUAGCCGAAGAUCCUUCAGUAUUCGAUAAGAAAAUUAAUGCUGAAAAUCUAACCAAAUGUUUGCAGACAUUAAAAUAUAUGUAUCAUGAUUUACGUAUCAAAGGUGUUGCGUGUCCACGUGAAGCGGAAUUUCGUUCGUAUAUUAUUCUGCUAAAUUUGGGUGAUUCGAAUUUCUUGUGGGAAUUGAAACAACUGCCCGAGGCAAUACAACAAUCAGCGGAAAUUAAGCGAGCAAUUUCAUUUUAUAAUGCCCUACAGAAUAAUAAUUAUGUGAGAUUUUUCUCAAUGAUACGUUCGGAGCGCACAUCAUAUUUAGAGGCAUGUAUCCUCUUGGGUUAUUUUAAUCGAUUGCGUCUAAGGGCCAUGGAGGUUAUAAUCAAAUCACACAAUUGGCGUAAGAAUGAUGUCUUUUUGCCUUUGUCGUAUUUGUCUCAAGUCUUGGGAUUUGAUGAUGAGGCAGCAGCCAUAAAUUUCUUUGGUUAUCAUGGUCUGCAAUGUGAUGAGUCUGAUGAUCGUGUGCUAUUGGAGCGGCUGCAAAUGCCCGAUAUGGAAUAUUCCAUGGAAAGGGCUUUGAAGCUCGUGGAAUCCAAACGUUUGGUCUCGGUGGGUGAAUGUAUCUGCGGUGAACCUUUGCCUUCGGCCAAGACCUUUGAAAAUCAUCAAACCCACAGCAGUUUCGAUGCCAAUGGUCUAUUGCGCACUGAUGCCUGGUCAGCCAUGGAUCAGUUGCGCGGUGAAGAGGCCCAAAAGAAAUUGGAAGAAAGGCAACAAACUAAGCAAGCAAUAUCUAUAAACACUACCACGGUAGCAUCAUCAGGAUUCCUCAAACCUUCAGAUAACAUUUUCAAAAUGCCUCAAGCUUCUCCUCCCAUUUCGCCCAAGCAAGUCUUAAGGAAACCCACACAGGAAGCAGCAGAACCACCCCCAGCCACAAAAUCAAUUUUUGCCUCUGUGGUUAACAAUGAAGAUAGUCGCAGCUCCUCACCUGGAGGUUUUAAAUUUGGUGGUAAUAUUUUUGGCAACACUGCCCCAGUCACAACUACUUCAACAACGGCCACAAGUUUUAGGCCAGUGCAAGAAUCAUCUACAUCGAUUUUCAAAUUACCCUCUAGCUCCUCAACAGCUCCGCAAGGCUCUACAAAUUUAUUUCAAUCAAAUAUAUUUAAGCCGGCUGCCGAAAAAACUACUGCUGUGGCGGGAAAUAUUUUUGGUGGUUUUAAGGCCACAACGGACAACAAGAAACCUUUGAUAUCCUCCGUAUCAUCAUCUGCAGGUGCAAGUAUUUUUGGUAGUGCUGCCAAAGAGACAGCCAAUAUUUUCCAGCAACAACAACCUCCCAAAAAUGCAACUCCCUUUCAAACGGAUAACGUUUUUCAACAUUUCCAAAGUAAACCACAAAUGUCAAUAUUUGGCGAAGCUUCUGCGAAUACCUUUAAGGACUCCUCAUCAUUUGUGGCACAAAAACCAUCCCUCCUCUCCACCACCAGCACAUCAGCCGCCCAAGAAAUGGAACAACGUAAAUUACAACUUGAACGUGAACAUGAAUUAAAACAAAAACAAUUGGAAGAGGAGCGACGAAAACUAAAAGAACUCGAAGAGAAACGUUUGCGGGAAAAACAAGAAAAAGAACAACAGCGACAAAGGGAAUUGGAAAGACAACGUCGGGAACAGUUACGGCAAACUUGUCUACAAAAAGCCAAUGAAGAUUGCCACACCCUUAUUGCCGAGGUGUUACAAGAAGAAUUGGAGGAACUUGCUCGCAACGAAUUACAUAAAUAUCAAACGGUACAAAAGGCCUCACAGCUACAAUUGGAGAACCUCCUGGGAGAUGUUGUACAAUCCCUGGUGGAGGACAUUGCCCAUGAAGAAUAUGCGGUGAUGUGUUAUGAUCAAUUGUUGCUAAAUCGUUAUUUCAAUCGCUGGCUAAUGCAUUUACGCAAAAAGCGGGAGCAACGUAAACUUAUGGAAAGUACUCCAAUAUGGGUGACCACCAAUACCCGAUCCCAAUUUGCAAAUGCCUUGGAACAUCCAUGUAAAGAAACCAACUUGGAAAUGAUAAAACGUUAUCGUUUGGGUCAGCCGUGUGAUUUCAAGCAGCUUAUGCGUUUGGGUGACCAGGCACCAAUGGCUGAGGUGCAUCACAGCAAACCGCUGUGUUUAUUCACCCUGGUUGGGCGGCAUUUGUUGUCGAAGCAAAAUGUCACCCCUGCUGGGUUGGUGCAGCAAAGGCAAUAUUUUAAAUUUUUAAUAAGUAUACCCUCAGACAAAGAGGAACUGCCAGGCUUCGAGGCCUUUUGCAAUAAAUGGCUAUUCAAGCACAUACGAAAGGCCCAACUGGAGACGGGACCAUUUGUACAUGGCCUGGAGAACAAUAUGGCCUUGUGUGUACGCAAAUUAAGUGGCAUAUAUCCACACAAUGAACAGGGAGAUGAAAUGCGUACGGAAGGUGAUCACAGUGAUGGCGUGGUGUUCAUUAUUAGCGGUGAAGAGUUCAACUCAAGGGCACGCAGACGCCUCUAUAAUUUACUUAAGAAUUCGAAGAAUUACAAAAAGAUACCCCUCGCCAUAAUUGCCUACAAUUGCCUCAUGAAAAAGGAGUUGGUGGCGGAAAUGUUAGAUCUCGAAACCCUGGAGGAUGAGGAUAUGGUGUGUAAAUACAAAAUCAUUGGACAUGGAGUGUCUCGAAAGGAUUUCAGUUUUCGCAAAGCCAUAAAGGAUGCCAUAGAUUUCAUUACCGUAGAAAGUUAUAAGGAGAAUUGUCAAGAUACCCAAGCCUUGGCCAUGGAAAAUGUACUCAGUUUCUUGGAUGCCUCACUGGGGGAGGAAAUAUUCUAUCGAUGGCAGGAAUCGGCCAGAAAUAAUCCAGUAUUUCAAAAAAUCUGUCAGCAACCCCAACAUGUUGAGGGCAUUUAUCACAAGGCCCUGGAGCAAUUGAUACAAAUUACCCAAGAAGAUUUCAGUGAAAUGCCAGAAUUUCCCGAAGAACUAAAAGAAUUUGUGCCACAACAUAAUCACAUAAACAUACCAUUGGGUUUGGAAUUCUUUCCCAGCAAUUGGAAAGAGGACAAUGCGAAGAAAAUUCUAUAUAAUUUUUUGAAAAAAUUACAAUUACCCCCGCUAAAGAAAAUAGCACCCCAGCCACCCUCAAAUCUAGAAGAUUUGGAAUUGUGGAUAUUAAAUUAUGCCUCCUUGUGUUUGCCACAGGAUGAUAUCAUGGCCACCAAAGUUGCCCAUGAAUCCAUUUCAAAUGUCAUACAACAGCUGAGGCAAUUGGCCAUACCCCUAACCACGGACGAAAGAUUAAAGUACCUUAACUAUUUGACCAUUAUGAAACCCAUAGUAUUUGCCUAUAUCAAUCAGAAGCUAAAAGAGUUCUGUGAAGAAUUAAAAUCCAUUCCUGUCAUUUACGUCCGAAGAGACCUCUACAAUUAUCAAACACAACCCUGGUGGCUUAAUUAUCAACCCUUGGAUAUGGUCAGUUAUGAUCACAACUGCCAAGAAGCAAAUGAUCUACAAGCGGAGAAGGAUUCCCCACAAGAUGAUCACAAAGAAAAUCAAUUAACCACCCAACAGCUGGAUGAAAUUAUAGCACGAGCUGAAAAUGCUUCACGUAAAGUUGAAAAUAAUUUACUCAACGCCAUUAAGGAUCAGACGAAGAAAAAGAAAAUCGCCAAACCGCCAGCGAAAAAUCAAGAAAAUCUACAGCUAAAACGUAACCUCGAUGAGUCGUUGUACAAAUUUGAAUUGUCCAAGAAAAUUGGUCAAUACGACACCAGUUAUAUUGAUAAUUUGACACAGGACAUUGACAAUUCAAUACAUGAAGUUUUACACAGUGGUGGUGGCGAUGAUGAUCAGGAGAAUUCCUCACCUGAAGGUCCCAGAAAACGUAAACGUUUAUCACCGCUGAAGAAUCAAAAUUGCAAUUCGUCGAUGGGCAAAGUUGAUGAUGUCAUUGCCCGCGCCAUGCAGUUAAUACAAAAAGUUGAUGCCAUAGAAGAUCGCCGCAAAAAAAUUAAUGUCUCACAAAAAUUUCGUUGUGGAAUUUAA